AAUGGAAGAAUUUCGUGAAAUGAAUCCUGAUUUGGAAGAUAAGAAGACAAGAAGUUUCUUCAAGUUCCCAAUAAAAGGCUUGAGAGAAAGAACUGGAGGAAGAAGAAGGGAAAAUCGCCUGAAAGAUACAGCGAAAAUAACAGUGGAGCUUAAAAAAGAAAUUCCGCCUGGAUAUGAGCUGGCUUGGGUAAGAACAAGUACGGGUAUACGAUAUCUUGAACUUGUUCCUUCCGAAAAGAUACCUAUAAGAAAAAAAAUAGGAGAAGCAAGAAGUCGUUCUCGUAACUACAUUGACGAUUCUGCAAUUCGAAACAGAAAAUUAACCGGAGACAACGAAGCUUCAGUAUAA